AUGGAGGUAGUCGUGAAAGCUGAUCUGUUUAAACUCGGUAGUCUUAUUGACGUGGAUGACCUGCGACUUGGAGUUGAACAGUACCAAGACCAAGAGCCGUGUAGGGCUACAGCAUCCGCAGCCGGAGAUGAGUACAGAAUACUUGCAGCGCUAUCGGACUGUGGAACCAAUCAUUUGGUAAUUAUGGUGAAUGUUGUGCUUCAGUAGCUGAUGUCAUAAAAUGACCUCUUUUAAAUUCUGCUUUGUGAAUCCACAGAUGAACAAAGACUCCUUGAUCUAUACAAACCUCCUCAGAUAUACGCCCAGAACCACUCCAGAUGGGGUUAUUCGACUGGAUGGUGCUGUAAUCCCAAUUGAGUGUCACUAUAAAAGGUGAGUUUAGGCUAUGCUGUUGUAUGAUCAUGACUACUGUGUGGCCCUAUUGGUUUGCUUACAGACUCUUUACUUUUUGUUUCAGGAAGUACAGUUUGAACAGUGCCUCUCUCCAGCCGACCUGGAUCCCCUUCACCGCCACAGUGUCUGCUGAAGACACCCUGCAGUUCUCCUUAACCCUUAUGACAAGUGGGUAUAUAAAUCCUGGGCUGCAUUGAGCAGGGCACAACCUUGUUAAAAGGAGACAUUGUGCUCUCCCAGAAGUUUGGUUGGUGUGUAAAACCUGUUACUUGAAUGUUCAGAUAUACAUUUACUAUGUAGCACAAAUGACCCUCUGACAUGCAAAAUACAGAAUCUUAUCAGACAUCCCUUUUUAUUGCUGACAUUUCUAUCUGCAACGUUAAACAGUUAUCCUAUGGCCCUGUUAACAAACCCCUCCAUGUACCUUUUAACCCAUUCAUAGAUGCACCUAUUGACUGUAAUAUAUUCUGGUGGGUGUAGUUUUGUUAAGUGCCUUGCUCAUUAACAUUGCAACGCAUCGCUUGCGGUACUGUUUUGGAAACAUAAGGAAGGUAUCUUUCAUAUCGGUGAAGUCAUUUUCAAAAGUUUAAAUGACUAUUUUUUUUUUAUAGGAUUAGGUUUCCCACACUGAAAUAUUCGUUUAGACAGAGGCGUACCUGUGCUAAUUAGCUAGCUGCAUCUGAACACCUGUUUACGGAAGGCUGACUCCACAAAUGUGUUACUGAAGUACUGUCGGCUGCAACUGUAAAAGUGUGCAGUAAGUGUUUUGCUAUGUAAUUGUGACAUGAGCGUAUAGGGCUUUAAGUUUCUAGAACCGUAUUACAAAUUGAUUUGCAUUUUUGGCUGCCAGAGCUAAUUUGCAUCAACAGGACAUAUAAGGACCUUUGCCUAUAAGGAAUAAUGUUAGGCUCCUUUUGUCAAUUAUUGGGAUAACCUGUCAUUACUGCCACUUCCUGUCCAGGUGACUGGCUCUAUGAGCGGGGUUCUGCAGUCUACUUCCUGGGUGAUCCCAUCAACAUUGAGGCGUCUGUCAGGGUUGCUCACCAUACCAGGCUCAGGGUUUUUGUUAGCAGUUGUGUGGCCACACUGGACCCAGACAAGAACUCUGUCCCCAGAUAUGUCUUCAUUGAGCAUGAUGGGUAAGCAAGAGGGUAAACUUCCUAGAACUAAUAUUCUCCGGCUGGCCCAUAGAAUGAUAGUGGCCUCUUUAGCAUGGGCAGCGCCAUUGAGGGCUUCCACCAUGAUGCUGCCAUUUUAAAGUAGUCAACUGGGUGGGGAUGUCUAUGGGUUGUAGCGUCAAUGGCACUGCCCAUGCUGUCAGAUGCUAUAAUGGCACAGAUAUAGAGUCCUCUCUAUGGGCUGUCCCUGUAUGAUAAUAUUAUCCCCAAAUGAUGCAUGGCGGGUUCUUCAUUGGGUACCAAGAAAGAUGAACCGAGCCCCAAUAUGUAUUUAUAUUAUCUCCCUUCCAGGUGCUUGGUGGAUUCCCAGCUGCCUGGCUCCGACUCUGGCUUCAUGCAUAGAACCCAGGACAACAAGCUCCAGUUCCACAUUGAUGCAUUUAGGUUCCACCAGGAGGACAGGCCAGAGGUGAGGGCAGUAUUAAAAAAAAAAACAAAAAAAAAACACGGAUGUUAAGACAAUUAUGAUACUGUAGUUGGUACACGAUGUUGCAGUAACAACUUCCAGCCAUUAUGUAGGCUACUGUGCGUCUGCUUUGUUUUGCUCAUUCUGUUGUGUUUCUACAGCUGUACAUCACAUGCCACCUUAUGGCAGUCCCUGUCAUGGACCAUGCGGAGCCUAGCAACAAGGCAUGCUCCUUCAUCGAUGGCAGGUGUGAGAUCUGACUUAUUUCCUUAGUUAGUCUUACUGGGCUGUGUGACCUAUCCACUGGAAUAACCCUAGCGUUUGUUCAAAUAGGGUGUUCUUGGUCCAUGAGUAUCUUCUAUACAUUUCAGAUGGAGGUCUGCCGAUAAGAAUGAUUUGCUAUGUGGCCGUUGUCCAAGCCUGAAUAGCCAGACGGGGGUUGAUCAAGCUCCAGCACGACGUCCCCUCAGUCCAAGACUAGGUGGUAGCCGACCUGAACCUCGUGGCUACCGCAGCAAACCUCCAGCCUCUGGCGACCAUUGGCGUGGGAUGAGGGCUAAGAAAGGUAUGUUUGGUAUCUUACUCUUGCCUCUUCUAACACAUUGCACAAGAUGGUCCAAGGGGAGUGACCUUCUCCUUCAAUAUGGUUGCAGGAGCUGGGAUUUGAGGAAAUACUAAUUUGAAAGUGUCUUGACUACAAAUGUGUUAGUGAGAAGUUGCCCUUGCCUGUGUUUAAUGAAAAUAUGUUGCCCUUUUUAGUAUGGGACCAGGAUGCUACUUUGGGCCCCAUGAUGGUCUUCAAAACCAAGCAGAGUGCACCUCUAUCUCCACGGACGAGGGAAGGUAUCGCUAUACAUGGCUUCCCCUCCGCAACAGGGGACAGGAGGCCUGUAUCACCUGGCAGUCGUUGGAAGAGUGGAAUGGACUUCAAGAAGGGUAAUUUGACUGUCUGAAAUGGCAGUCUUAAUCCUUAUGUAGUGCAUUACUUUUGCCCAGAUAGUCUUGAAAAUCUGACCCUAAGCAACAGCAUUGCCUAGGGUCUGGUUUCAAUGACAGACUCUAUUGGCAACUUCAAGCAAAAAAAAAACUAUCCAGUGGGUCCUUCAAGCAGACUACUCUCUCAACAAAUCAUGACUCAAACAUCACAAUUUGAAACCACAUUUUGCAGGUAAUACCUUUGCAGUUGACUCAAACUAGCCACUCAAAAUGCGGUCAUUAAACGUAACCUUUGAUCUCUUUAUCUUGCUAGCUAUUUUGUAUUUUAUUCAAGUGGAUAAGGUAGUGACUUAGCUCCUCUCUGCCCAACUGACAUUUUUAUUACGUGCAGACUUGUUGAGCCAGUACGUUAGAAAAGAGGCAACGGGGAUGUCUAGACUAUUGCCUAGACCAUGAGGCGCUGGUCAAAAGUAGUGCACUCUAUAGGGUUCCACUUCAGACACUUGUCUCAAUUUCCAUAUAGGCUAGCAAUACUGGCUAUAUUAAUCUGUUACAUUUAAUUCCAGGACCUUAUUUCACCCAAUCCCAAAAUGUGGGUAGUCCCUUGGGCCCGGGGGUUGGACCCAACAACAGGCACGGUUUCGUUAGCUCUGCAAUAUAUGAUGGCUUCAUCAGGCAGAAGGAACUAAUCACCCAAAGAGGUAAUGGCAUUCCUUUACUGGUUUACAUGUAUGAUAAUUGCAUGUAGGCUCUAUGCUAAAUAGUCUGUUCUCAGAGCUGGAGCCCACCCCAGAGUUGAAUUCUACACUUGAGCCCAUUGGGGACCUUGGAGAAGAGGUUCCCACAGAGCAGGCUGGUCUGAUUAAAGAUCUAGGUGACCAGCAGGAUGACAAGGAUCGCUAUAAAAUUGGAACUCAUUGA